AUGGGUCCCCAUUCCGGGGAGUGGGGAUGGUCUGCCCAUGAACGGUAUCCCCCUUUUAAUCCAAUUGUCCCCUUUGACAGUCACGGCGAGUCACGUAGUGAUAAGUCAGCAGAAACUGCUCGGGAUUAUCUAUAUCUUACCACAGUUCCUGUUCUCCAACGAGCCGUGAUCCCCAAUCGGCGCAUUCAUCAACAGCCUGUGAUCAGUGGAAUGUUCACCAAUGGUCCUGAAUACGAAGGGAGACUGGGCAAGCCGUUUGCUCCUCCUCCGAUCACCUUAAAGGAGAUCUACGAUGCGGUGCCAAAACAUCUUCUCCGCAAGAACUUAUUGACCUCGACGUACUACUGUGUUCGAGACAUUGGCUGCUGCAUUAUACUCUUCUGUUUUGCCUCCGCGAUCGAAUGCAUCGUCGACGACUAUAUCUCUCUGAUCGUAGGCGGAGAAGUGAAAUUAAUGAAGAUAACUUUGUGGGUCGUGUAUUGGUGGUGGCAAGGUCUUGUAUUUGCAAGCUUCUUCUUCCUUGGACACGAGGUGCAACUGUAUGCGUCUGUGUGUACGUGCGGCUUUGCUUACGCCUUCAACAAGCUCGGUCAUCAAGGAUUGUACGAAUCUCAAUAUGUGAAUGACACGUUGGGUUUCUUGUUUCACUCCUUCAUCCUAUCGCCGUUCUUUGCUUGGAAAGCAAGUCAUAACGCGCACCACCGCGCUGUCGCGUCUAUCGAGCGAGAUGAGAAUUAUGUCCCAUAUGAGCGGAGCGAGUAUAAUCUUCCACCACGGGCACAAACGAGCAGCAUAGACUACUCAGAGAUAUUCGACGAGACGCCCGUCUUUACUUUCUUGAAACUUUUUGCCGUACUGCUCACUGGGUGGUGGAUGUAUCUUGGCGCGAACUUCCUGGGCUCGAGACGACAUCCCAAUGGGACCAACCAUUUCUCUCCGUACGCCCCAAUAUUCCGCCCUCAUGAGCGCACGGGGAUCAUACUGUCCGACAUUGGAAUCCUUGUGAUGUGCUUCGCAUUGUGCUACGCCAUGGCGGUGCACGGUUUCAAGACAGUCAUGGCCUACUAUUUCAUUCCUUACAUGGUGCUUGUGCAAUCACUGGAUCGGUAUGUUUGGAAAUUGUCUCGAUGUUUUAACCCCUCGUCGACAUCAAUCGCCCUAGUCAUGGUGACAUUCCUGCAACAUUCAGAUCCUACGGUCCCGCAUUAUCACCAGGAGCAGUGGACGUGGAUUCGGGGGGCGGCUGCGACCAUUGACCGCCCACUUCUCGGCUGGAUGGGGCGAUUUUUCUUACACAACGCAUCGCAUGACCAUGUGGCUCAUCACUACUUCUCAUACGCACCAUUCUAUAACCUACCCGAGAUCACCAAGUACAUCAGCGGCGUGCUGAAAGAACAUUACGUCUAUGACUCGACAAACACGUUCUAUGCCCUUUAUCGGUCGUUCACGCAAUGUGUAUUCGUAGAAGAUGAAGACUCUAUUGCAUUUUAUAGGGACAAGCAUGGGAACGCGGUGCGUCAGGUAGAAGAGUGCUUGAAUGUAUUUGUUGAGUAG